AUGGGACCAUGUAUGGCAACGGGACGAGAAGCUGCUCUGAAAUUAGGAAUCGACGAGUUCUACAUUGGCGCUUCAAAUGUUGACAACGAUUGGGAAUGGCUCGAUGGAUCUGCUAUGAAUUAUUCGAACUUCGAUGUCGAAGGAGGUUAUCCGAUGCUCUCCGACUCGCAGGUUGGAGCUGUCAGUGUGCAAUCUCUCACAAAACUGUGGUACACGAAAUCGGAUUCGAUAAAACUUCCAUUUGUCUGCGAGCGAAAAUCGCAAAAUGGAACCGACGAAUACAUCUAUCGUAUGCCGAAGAAUCGCCUUCUUCAGGACGUCACUGGAAGACGUUCGAAAACUCAGGUGCAGCCGGCGGAUCAGUCGGUUCUCUAUCAAAGCAUUGGCCCGAAAUACACGGAGCCGGAAACGGGAAAUACGGUUUAUUUGAAAAAUCUCUAUGACGGAUUGCCGGCUCCGCCUACCGGACAGCCGAUUGUUGUGAUAAUGAACAAGAGGAGACAAAGGAAGAAGCUGGCUCCGCUGAUUGUGACCGAAACUGAGACGGACAUUGAUACCACUCGGAAGGAAAAAACGUCGGACGAAUUGAAUCGCAAAAUGACAUCAAAUGGUGAUGGAAAUGUAGGAGAUGGGUCAUCAAUGGGAAUCGAGGAAAAUUCGAAGAAAUCGAAAGAGAUCGAGGAGAAUCAGAAGAUUCGGCACAAAACGCGAACGCUGAAACGCGGCUAA